AUGAGACUAUCAAACGUGUUGGCAUGCUUUGCCGCAUUGACGACCGGCGUUCGCGCCCAGGGCGGACUCGAGAGCCUGGCAGAGAACAUGCCCUCAUGUGCGUUGAUGUGUUUCAUGCAAGCCAUUCCCACAUCGACGUGUGCAACCGACCUCACUUCGGAAUGCUUGUGCUCCAACACGGCUCUGAAUGCUGCCGUCGGCGCAUGUGCCAAAAAGACAUGUACCGUAUACGAGCUUCUGCAAACAAAGAAUGUCAGUGCCAAGGGCUGCGGAGUACCUGAACGCUACAAAGGCCAGCGCUUCUUGAUCGGUGGCAUAAUUGGAUGCGCGCUGGCUGUUGCAGCCUUUAUCCUGAGAAUGGCCGCCAGUAUCGGCAAGCAGGGCCGCAAGGUAUCAUGGGACGACGCGACCAUGGCUGUUGUGCUUGCACUUGCCAUUCCGCCCACCGUCUUCGCUCACUACCUAAUCGAGAAUGGCCUUGGUCGAGACAUCUGGACAUUGAACGCGCAACAAAUCACCAAUGUCCUCUUCUACUACUACGUGGGCGAGAUCUUCUACGUGGUAGCCCUGGGCAUCUCCAAGAUCUCCAUCCUCUUUUUCUACCUGCGCGUGUUUCCCGACAAGAAGUUCAAGAUGCUCGUUUACAGCGUCAUGGGUGCAUCGGCCCUUUACACCGUCGCCUUCUUCAUUGUAACGACGUUUCAAUGCCGGCCUCUUAGCUUCGCUUGGAACCAGUGGGACGGACUCCACCAGGGCAGCUGCAACGAUAUUCACCUCCAGGGCUGGAUCGCGGCCGCCAUCAACAUUGUCCUGGACGCGACCGUCAUGGCGCUUCCGAUGAAGCACCUGGCUGGGCUGAACAUGGGCCUCAAGAAGAAGCUCAUGGUCAUGGCCAUGUUUGGCGUUGGUAUCUUUGUCGUUGUCGUGUCGGUUGUGCGGCUGUACUCGCUCAUCCACUUUGCCAACACGCAGAACAUUACGUGGAACUAUGUGGACGCAGGCCUGUGGAGUUUAAUCGAGAUCGACGUGUCCAUCAUCUGCGGAUGCAUGCCUGCGCACCGAUUCCUGAUUGGUAAGCUGUGGCCGAAGAUGCGCACGACGUUCCAGUCGAGCAAGGCGACAUCGACCAAGCGCUCUGAUUUCUCGGCCAACACGAAUCUGUCGGCAACACCGAGCAAGCUGGCGCGUGUAUCCAUCAAAGGCAUGACGGCCAAAGACGACAGCUUCAUUCCCUUGUCUGACAUUGACAGCGACAGUGACCGUGCCCAUCUGACCAAAGAAGCACAAGCACAUGCCGGAAGCGAGGCCAACACCUGGCCCACGCCGCCCACCGGGGCGCAUACCAAUCAAGGCAGUACUAGCACUACUACCGUGGGAGGAGGGCACUCUGGUGACCGACCACAAGAUUGGAACUGGCCGACGACAGGGAAAGAGCAUGUUUGA